UCCGAGUCAAAACUGAUCGCCUGCUCUUCACCCUGGGAGAGAGGGGCCUGAUUCUGCGGAGCCAUGAGCGCGGCGGCAGGGAGUCUGCUCCUGCUCCUCUUCCUAGCGGGACCAGUGCGGGGAGAAGUGGUCCGAGAUUUUGACAAGUGCAGUUGGUUCUUCCAGGGCCAGAUCCCACCGCACCUACCCGAGACUGCACACCAGGUCAACAUCUGCCAGAGAUUCAAGGACCACUACCACUUUGCGACCCUGUACGACACCGAGCUGCGGAUCCCGGUCUACUCCGCUUACAGGUACCCCUGCAGCAUGGGCGAGAGUGAAGGUUACAGACCCAGACUCUGGUUUUACGAACCCCAGAUCGAGGAUUCUGCUAAUACAGAGGAGAUGAAGAGCUGCAAUGUGUCUUCCAGUGAAUUGCAGGCAGUUGACUCAGACUACCAGGAUGAGAGUUAUGAGCGAGGCCAUCUCUACCCAUUCGCACUGAAUCACAACGAGACCGCCACAAGUACCUGCACCCUCACCAAUGCAGUGCCCAAGAGUCACGAGGCCAAUGUCAGGUGGUCCAGAGAGGUGGAAUUGGUGGCCCAGAAGCUGGCACAGACAUGCCACAAGUCCAAUAGGUCGAUGUACUUGGUGACGGGGGCUGACAACCCUUUGGAAAAUAAAAUCAAAAACAGGGUCUCGGUGCCUGGGCUAGUCUGGACAGCUCUUUGCUGCACCUUCCCACAGGACAAGAAUAAUGAUACCUGUCUAAAGGAAGACAUGAUACCAGAGAGAGAGGAUAUAGCAACGUACGAUAAGGAUUUUUCUAUAGCAUUCAUGAAACAAAUGGAACCAGAAACAAAGGCAGAACACCUAACAGUGAGAGAGUUAGAGAACAGACUGCGUGCAGUCAAAAUCUUUGACAGCUGCAGAGGAAUGAGCCAAGAUGAUGAGGCAGAGACCUUCGAAGAGGUUGAAGAGCUGAUACACAAAUUAGUAAUUAGUGCAGAUGAUCAGGACACAGUGGAAGAGAAUUCUCCCCCAGUACCUGCAGAACAAGGCCCAGCAGUCGAUGGCGAUGAUUUGGCACCAGAACAAACUGACACACCAUUGGAACCAGCCAGUGAAGCAGUUGAUGAGGGCAUUUGCCAGUCCACCAUUGCCAGUGCCUUGGCUCCAAUUGGAAGGAUGAUCACCUUGGUCACCAAUGGGGCAUCAGCCUUUGCCCGACUCAUCACAACUGUUGUCAACAUUGUCCGGAUUUUGGCUGUAACAAUUUUAAGAGUUCCCUUCAGGAUUAUCUAUGACUGUGCCAACUGCCUAACCAUCAUGGUCAAGUACCUAAUUGUCAUGUUGGCCACAGUUCCCCAAGAUCUCUUGGGUAUUGUGGCCAGCGUUAUAUUGGACACAGCCAGUGCCAUCUCAUGGUCUGCCAGAUUGAUCAAGUAUCUUGUCAGAAUUCUGUAACUCUUUGCUUUUUGAAGGGUUAGAUUUCCAUACAAUACCAAAUGAAGAUAAUAUGUGUCAAUCAAUCCCAAUCUCUAGGAGCCACCAUUUACCACCUGCUUAGGACUCUGCUCCCAACCAUUAAACAGUAUUCUCCACAAACCCCUUCUAAUAUCUCAGUAAGCUUGUCCCCAACCACUUCUGAAGUCCCAGUGAAUUCUGUCCUGGCCAAUAUUUAUCCCUUAACCAACAUCACUAAACCAGAUUAAUCUGGUCAAUAUCUGGUCUGCUUAUUUGUGGGUUCUUGCUGUGCACAAAUUGACUGCAGCAUUACGUAUAUUGCAACAGUGACUACACCUCUUCAGUACAUAAUUAACUGCAAAAUGCUUUGGGGCAUCCUAUAAAAGAUGCUAUAUCUUUUCAGCAUUUAGGAUGCAAACUCCCCUAGUAUCGGUGUAGAGAUUAUGGGAUAUCAAUAAUAGAGUUGAACAAGAGAGGUUCUCUAAAGACAAUAUUGCCUUUGUGGUCUCCAUCACUCAGAAGGACCAGGGUAGCAGCAUGGCAACACCACCACAUUCAAGUUCCCCUCCAAGUCACACAUCAUCCCCUCUUGGAUAUGCAUCAUGCUGUUCCUUCAUUCUUGCUGAGUUAAUACCCUAGUAGUCUCUCUCUAACAGCACUAUCAGAGCAUCUUGACCACACAGACUGCAGCCGUUCACAAAGAAGGCCCAAGCACCUUCUCAAGGACAGCUAGGGCAAUAAAUGCUGGCCUUGCUAACAAUGCUCAUCACCCAAAAAUCAAUAUUAAUAAGCUUUGGGACAGCGUGUGCACUUCAUUAUCAAACAAACAAGAGCACUGAGGGUGAAGGCUUUGACAGCUUGGGUCAGAAAUGCGAAACACGGUGAUGGAUUUUAACACGUCAGACAUUUGACUGGCCAAGAAGAAACACUUAUGCGCAUGAAGCUUUGUAACUCAAGUUGUUAUCUUUAGAGUCAAGCAUUGUUCUAGCAGCUAUGAUCUAUACAAUGACAAAUACAGGGCAGUGAAUAUAUGGAGCAGACUGCCCAGAUGGAGGAUAGUGUUGGCAAAUUCAACUGGGUGCAGGAUGAAUAGUUGGCAGAGAAGGGGAUUGAGGUAUGUGAGAGUUACAUUUGCGGUUUUUUGGAGUUUGGGACCACAAUGAGCCCUAUCAAUCCUCUAUCUUUCAAUGAUUCUUUGUCCAGUGAGGUCACUCUGUACAUAUUUACGUGGGAAAACAUUUUUUUGGUGACUGUGUUGAGGGUUGUGUUGGUAAAUUCUUCCCUGCUUUACCUUUGUACCCAGUUUCAUCAAAUACUUCCAGACCAAAAGUAGUAGAUAUUUAGAAGAUGUGCUUAAUUUAUGAGCUAUCUGUUUGAUUGUAACUGGCCACAAUGUCUGAACUCAUACAAGAAAUGAAUGCUUGCACCAAUAAAGGAUUUGCAGUA